GAAAUUUGCUAGAGGACGGGAUUCCACUGACAUCUUCGUGAAUAGUGAGAUAGAUUGAAAAAAGUACGUUGAUAACGCGCGAAACUUUGGAUUUUUUGUGUGUGCAGUGAUAGGUAUGUGGAAAGUGAGCCUGAUUUGGUUUUCCGCAACUCUGAUUGGUUCGGUGUUGGGACAAAUACCCGAAGGCACGCCAUGCUAUUCCUCCAAACAAGAGUACGGCCUGUGCGUCAGCCUCCUAGAUUGCGAUUCGAUGCUGAGGCUACUGAGGACGAGAAGCACGGAUCCUGAUACCGCGGAAUACCUGCGAUCUUCCACUUGCGGGUACAAAGGCAACAUCCCGAUGGUGUGUUGCCCGCAGGCGGUUUCGAAGAGCAGUCUGAUCGAGCAGCAGGGCAACGAGGCCGCCUCUAAUGGGAAUGGCGGAGGCGAGGGGGCCUCCCCGAACGACAUCGGCAAAACCAUACCGGAAACCAGAGCUAGGCUCUUGGAUGCGCCGCAAUGCGGUUUCACCAAUGUGACGAACUAUAGGGUGGUCGGAGGCGUACCAGCGAAACUCGAUGAAUUCCCAUUCAUUGUAGCUUUGGGCUACAGGAAUUCUAAAAAUCCGAGUGUUCCAAAAUGGCUGUGUGGAGGCAGUUUGAUAUCGGAUAGGCAUAUCCUAACUGCUGCUCAUUGCGUUCACAACAGAAAAGACUUGUAUUUGGCACGUGUUGGGGAACUUGAUCUUUAUAGCAAUGAUGAGGGAGCUGAUCCUGAAGAUAUCAGACUCAUUAAAGCUAAAAUACACGAAAACUACAGCCCAGUGCAAUUCACGAAUGAUAUAGCAAUACUGACAUUGGAAAGGAAGCCGAGGAAUCCUCGUGUAUUGCCAGUUUGCUUACCUCAUGCUGAGCCCUUGAGAUCCAACACUUUUCUCAAAUACAGUCCUGUUGUUGCUGGAUGGGGAGCUCUAUAUUUCAACGGGCCAUCCAGUUCAGUGCUCCAAGUCGCCGAAAUUCCAGUCAUCGAUACAGGACAUUGUCAAAGGGCGUUCGGGAAACAGACGACCAUCGACGAGAGAAUACUCUGCGCUGGUUGGCUGAACGGAAUGAAGGAUUCCUGCCAGGGGGACUCCGGGGGCCCCCUCAUGUUCGGGAAGAGCCAGGGCAAGAGCCUGACGUUCUACCAGAUAGGGAUUGUGUCGUACGGGUUCAGGUGCGCCGAGUCUGGCUGGCCCGGAGUUUAUACCAGGGUUACCAAAUUCAUAGAUUGGAUCGAGAAGAAUUUGGAUUGAUCAGUAUAAGGACUGAAGGCCAGCGUAUACAUUAGUCAACGUUGGGAGUAAGAAAAAAGUGAUUUUUCUGAUGAUUCUGUCAAUGACUGAUCGAAAUAAUGGGAAGGUCUCGAUACAUUCUCAUCCUUUUUCCACGCUUCUUCAUUGGUUAUCCUCAUGAUGAUGUUAUUCGCGUGUUUGACAUUAUUUAUUGGUCGUUUCUUGUAGUUAGAUCUUGAGAGGCAUGCAUUAUUAAAUAAAAUAUUUGUG